GGUGUUUUUAGUCCUUAUUGUCACCUUCUCAGAGCGCUGACUGAACACAGAGAAGAGGGAAGGCAGAGGAAAAGUUUGACAUGUUUAUGUCCCAAAAAUGAUGCGUGCGGAGACUGCGGGGAGCUACACAAAUUUAGAUAGUUCAUGUUUCCUAUAAGAGAAUUUUUGUUUUUGUUUUGUUCUCUGCAAAUUCAAAAUAAUCCCGUCGAUAACCACGAUUCUGAAUAAUGGGGGCUUCAGUGCCUAUAAGGAACCAAACCCCUUACACUUGGCACUACGAACUUGUCGGAGACGGAGGUGUCAGUGGCAGUGGAAUGUUGCAUGGCAGGGGUAGUAGUGUAAAAGAAAACCUCAACUCUAGGAGGAUUCAUUGCUACCUAAAGUUAAGAUAUGACAAUCACAGUUAGAACUCCUUCUCAUAUGAGUUCAACAGUCACAAGCAGAACGGGAGUCAAACAUUCACUAUUAUAGAAACCAGUGGCCGUUCACUCAUUCAGCUGUUGUGCGACACAGAGUCUAAUAGUCCAACUUGUCCAAACUAUGGUAAGUAAAUUCUUACAAAUCUGCUGAGCUACAUUAUCAUGUUCAAAAUGUUCCUUUUGGAAAUAAACCAUAUACCCUCAAUAAAUCGUAUAUCAGCAACUAGUAUUUGCAACUGACAGCAGGAGGAGAUGGAUGAAGACAGGAGGAGCAACGAAGGCGACAGCAGGAGGAGAUGGAGCGGCGAAGACAGGAGGAGCAACGAAGGCGACAGCAGGAGGAGAUGGAGCGGCGAAGACAGGAGGAGCAACGAAGACAACAGCAGGAGGAGAGGAGGCACCAGGAGCAACUGGAGAGGGAGAGGACGAUCCAGCAAGAAAUCGAAAGGGAGAGCGAACUUUCGGGUAAGAAGGUGUCAAAGGGACGAAAAAAGCUGAGACAGAAGCUGAGACUAAAAGGACAACAGCGCCAUCACCAGCGUACACAGGUACUACACCAGAUGAUAGAAGAUGACGCUGCAGCAAUCAGAAGGGAUGAGCCAGGGGACUUGAAAAAUAACUUUGAAGAUCUUCUGAAGAAAUACGAGAUCACUGAAGACAAAGGCAGGCAGGAGGACAAACUUGAAAACCGAAUGAAAAAUCUUCAGAAUGAACUAACCCUUAAAUACUUUGGAGAGCCUCAACUGUCGAUCUGGUGUCAGUUGACCAUAGAUCGUGCUAUCAGCCAAGGAGAGCAAUCGCUCACUGAGCAGUUUAGCAUCCUCACGGCUGUGACAGAGCUAACGUUGACCAACGGCUCGGACACAGACAGUAAAGAGGACCAACUACUUGACUGGGACCAGAAGUAUGACUUUCUCAUCCGUCUUCUUGAACAGCUGUACAGCACAAAUCCCACAGUGGCCCAACAACUUGUUCUGAGCAUUCUUGAUGUGUUCUCAGAGGUGUCAGAGAUAAAUAAGGGUCUCCUUAGUCAAAUUCUCUUCAACAUGAUCUGGACACCAUCAGAAAUUCUGCUCUUUUUGCGAGGUGUUUCAGGCAUAAACCAAGAGUUAGCAACCACAAUCCUUCAUACUGUGAGGACAAACAAGCUGGAUCUUCUCUCUACUCUCUCUGCCCUGAAAGAUAAAGACCCUGUCAACUCUCUACAAUGGUAUGCUGAGGCAGAAGGGGACAAGGAUGCCGACACCAUUGUGAAUGAAAUGCAAAAUGAAAUGUACCCAGAGAAAAUAUUGUCCAUAAUGAAGGAAAUUCUAGGAUAUAUGACAGAGGAACUUCCAAAACAUGCAAAGGAGGACUUGGAUCAGGUAAAGAUAGAGGAAGCAAAGCAGAUGAUCAAGUUACUGGAUUUUACUAACCAUGACCUUGCUGUUCUCAAGGAGGUCCUAAUAAGGAUGUCUAUUGCUGUGCAAGACUGCUCAACCAUUUACACUCAAAACGGUAAGAACAUAGAAGGCUACUUUCCUAGCAUCACUCCGCUGGAAUCACUGCUCACUGCUGAGAAAAUAGAAGGCUACUUUCCCCGACUCACUCAGUUGGCAUCACUGCUCAUGCUCCUUCUACCAAAGUUAACAGGGAAAAAAGGUAUCCUUCUGGAAAUCGGCACAGGUGAAGGAAAAUCUUGCAUCUUGGCUAUGUUUGCCACCAUCCAGGCCAUCCGUGGCACUAAGGUUGACGUUGUGACCAGUUCUCCAGUCCUUGCUCGCCGAGACCAAGAGGAGUGGAAGAAACUGUAUGACAUGUUUGGUGUCACUUCUUCUGUUGUGCCACCACCACAGAUACAGGGAAGCUCCCCUGAAAGCAGGGAUAGUAUGCUACAGGAGGCUUACAGGAAACAAUUAGUUUACGGAACCGUUGGCAGCUUUGCAGCAGACGCUUUGAGGCAGGAAUUCGAGAAGGACACCACACGUGGGGAGAGGAGGUUCGACAUGGUGAUUGUGGAUGAAGUGGACUACAUGACCUUGGACAAUGGAGUUCAGGUGACGUUUCUAUCCCACGAGGCAAGUGGCCUGAGGCACCUCGGACAAGUCCUUGCUAGCAUAUGGGCCAUGGUAUCUAUGUGUCAGCCAAUUGAGAUGGAAGAUACUGGAGAGAUUGAGUGGGCAACUGGAAUCCAGCAUUUUCACAAGGCUGCUAAGUUAGCUGUUAUCGGUCCAGCGACAUCUAAAGAAUUCUCUGAAUUUCACAUUUUGGAAGCCGGAGUGGAGUUGGGUAUCUAUUCAGAUGAAGAUUUUGAUAUGUUCAUGCAUGCUCUAGAGAACACAGAGAAAGACGAUACAACGGAGAACAGGAGAACUGUUGAUACAUUCAUGGCCAAAGUUGGAAUUACUCAACAGUGUGAUCUGCUCACCAUCAUGGAGAAAGCACUGGAGAAUGAUGUGGCCAUUGACUGUCACUCUGUGACAAACAAUAAAGCCGUGCUGGUUGAGGAGAAAAAGUUGCACAACAACCCUGAUAUCCUGGAAAUCAAAAUGCUUCUCCUCGAGAAUGGACGAGCCAGCUGGCAACCACUCCUUUGUCCAAUGUGA